AUCUCUAAAUAAUCUUUUACAAUCUCCCUGAGCAACAAAUCACUGUGAAUGCAUAAAAUAUACAUUUUUCCAUCAGUACUGUUUUCUUGCCCCUGACCCACCCAUUAAAGAACUGGUUCUAUCAUAAAAAAAAUAAAAAUAAAAAAAAACAUCCAAAAGUUGUCAUUACUUUACAUAGAUUAGAAAAACAGUGAUAGGAGGGUAACAUCCUGAUUUCCAGGGACGCCCACUUAGCAUCUCCUGCUCAUUUAAAGCAACAGCCAUGCAACCUUUAUCAUAAAUUAGUGAGCUGAGUGGUUGAAUAGCUCAGAAAUAGAGAUGUGGUUCACUCUGAACAUCUGCCUGUAUCUGUCUUUUAGCUUUAUUUUGGCAGCUUCGAUACUCAGAUCAGACAUGUGUCAGCUCCAAGGACACUUCAGGUUAAAUGGAAUGUACAAGAAUGGAGAUUUUAUAUUUGGAGGCCUGUUUGAUGUUGAUUUCCUCACAGUGUUCCCAGAGCUGAGCUUCAGAACUGAGCCAGAACCACCAUACUGUGAGCAAUUUGACAUGGAGAGCUUCCAGCAGGCACAGACCAUGGCUUUUGCAAUAGAUGAGAUCAAUAAGAAUCCAAACAUGCUUCCUAACAUAACUCUUGGUUACCAUGUUUAUGACAACUGUAUGAUGCUAGGGAUGGCAUUCCGGGCUGCCAUAUCCCUGGCCAGUGGGACAGAAGAGUUCUUCUCAAACCAAAACUGCACUGGCCCACCACCAGUGAUUGGAAUUGUGGGGGAUUCAAGUUCAACUGCUUCUAUUGCGAUUUCCAGUAUUCUGGGGCUGUUUCGAGUACCUAUAGUUAGUCACUAUGCCACCUGCUCCUGUUUGAGUGACAGGAAAAAGUACCCCUCUUUCUUCAGAACUAUUCCCAGUGAUGCCUUCCAGGUGCGGGCUAUGGUUCAGAUUUUAAAAUAUUUUGGAUGGACCUGGGUUGGUCUCGUCUACAGUGAUGAUGACUAUGGCAUCUAUGCUGCUCAGUCCUUCCAUCAAGAAAUGCAGCUGUUUGGAGGCUGUGUUGCUUUUUCUGAAAUCCUUCCCCAUGAUAACAACCACAGAGAUAUUCAGCAUAUAACAGCAGUGAUUAAGGCCUCUACAGCUAGAGUGGUGGUUGUUUUUUCCACUCCAUCCUUUUUGAUACCUUUGUUGGAUGAGGUGGUGUUGCAGAACAUGACAGGCAGACAGUGGAUUGCCAGUGAAGCUUGGGCCACCUCUCUUGUAAAUCACGCUCCACGUUUAUUUUCCUUUCUAAGAGGCACACUGGGGAUCGCCAUCAGGCGUGGAGAGAUCCAAGGGCUUCAUGAAUUUCUGCUACAUCUCCAUUCCAGCAAUGAUCCAAAAAAUAACAUGUUAAGGAUCUUUUGGGAGAAAAUGUUUGGGUGCAGUUUUGAAACUGGGAGUAAAGAGACAGAUGGAGAGCAAGUCAAAAAGGUGUGUACCGGACAGGAGGAUCUGAGCACAACAGACACACCAUACACUGAUGUUUCAGAGCUGAGGGCCUCUUAUAAUGUGUAUAAGGCAGUUUAUUCCCUGGCACAUGCGCUUCAUGACCUGAUGCAGUGUGAGGAGGGUAGAGGACCAUUCCAUGGUAACAGCUGUGCUGACAUAACAAACCUGAAACCUUGGCAGCUGGUUCACUACCUCCAGAAAGUGAACUUCACCACAUACUUUGGGGAUCAUGUGUCAUUUGAUGAGAAUGGAGAUGCUCUGCCUAUCUAUGAUGUGAUGAACUGGCAGCCAGGCUCUGAUGGGUCAAUAAUGGUCCAAGCUGUUGGUGUAGUAAAUGAAGAGGCAGCAACAGGGAUGGUGCUCACACUGGAUGACGAUGCAUUAUAUUGGAACUUUGAGUCAAAACAAAUCCCAAGGUCAGUGUGCAGUGAGAGCUGCCCCCCAGGCACAAGGCGAGCCACAAGGAAGGGCCUUCCUAUUUGCUGUUUUGACUGCCUCCCAUGCAGAGAUGGAUUGAUUUCUAAUACAACAGAUGCAAAUGAAUGCACAGUGUGUCCAGAUGAGUUCUGGUCCAAUCCAGAUAGGGAUCAGUGUGUCCCCAAAGAAGUAGAGUUUCUGUCCUAUGAGGAUCCUCUGGGCAUCUCUCUGACCACUGCAUCUCUGCUUGGCACCUGCUUCUGUGCUCUUGUGAUGGUCAUCUUUACUCAUCACCGUAACACUCCCAUAGUACGAGCCAACAAUUCAGAGCUCAGCUUCCUUCUGCUGUUGUCACUCAAACUGUGUUUUCUGUGUGUACUGCUGUUCAUUGGUCAGCCGCAGCGGUGGACAUGUCAGUUAAGACAUGCUGUGUUUGGCAUAAGCUUUGUCCUGUGCAUCUCCAGCAUCCUGGUCAAGACUAUGGUGGUAAUAGCUGUGUUUAAGUCAUCUCGACCAGAGGGCAAAAAUGCGUUAAAAUGGUUUGGAGCAGCUCAACAAAGAUGCACAGUUCUGGUCCUAACAGCCAUCCAGGUUGUGAUAUGUGCAGUCUGGCUAUCAACUGCCUCUCCAACACCCCAUAAAAACAACCAGUAUAUCCGCUCUAAAAUAGUAUAUGAAUGUGCUAUUGGCUCAGUGGCCGGUUUUUCUAUGCUGCUGGGCUACAUUGGACUGCUGGCAGCAGUAAGCUUCAUGUUAGCCUUCCUGGCGAGAAAUCUUCCAGAUAAUUUUAAUGAAGCAAAGUUCAUCACUUUCAGUAUGUUGAUCUUCUGUGCUGUGUGGAUUGCUUUUGUUCCAGCAUAUGUGAGCUCACCAGGGAAAUAUGCAGUAGCUGUGGAAAUAUUUGCCAUUUUAGCUUCUAGUUUUGGAUUACUGGUGGCCAUAUUUGCCCCAAAGUGCUACAUCAUCCUUUUACAUCCAGAAAGAAACACUAAAAAAGCCAUCAUGGGAAGAGAUACACAAAAGAAAUGAUGAUUUAUUAACAAAGUUUGGUAGGAGCACAUUCAGAUAAUCUACUCAAUCAAUGCAAGAGGAGGCAUAUAGAGCUGACUAAACAGUCUGUUCUACAACAGUUUUUCCAACAUCCCUCCUCCACCCCAACUCUUCAAUCUCGAUUAUUCCUAUUUCGGCCAGCAGCCAGGGAUGGGGAUGGGAGGGGUCAUUUGGGGUUUCAACUCAAACAAAUAAGUAAAAUGUUUGUAAUGCCUGCUGUUUUGUAGUAUCGUAAUUAUUAACAUUAGGCAUAUAACGGUAAACAUAUUUUGUACAGGAAAAAGUUCAGUAUGGAGAUUUCAGUUUGGCAUGCAUGUUUUCCAAACGAAUACAUUACGAGUGCAUUGUUUUAACUGCACUUUGACUUUUAUAUACAGCUGUGAUAAAAAAGUUUGCUGCUUCAGAAUUUGCAGAUUCCUUUUAAACAUGUUUGGGUCCCACUUUAUAUUAAGUGGCCUUAACUACUAUGUACUUACAUUUAAAUUAAUCAUUUGAUACAAUGCACUUAUUGUGUACAUACAUGUUUUUACAUUGUACUUAUAUUUUA